UCAAUUCCCACCUAAUCUUUUCCUGGUUCUGGGGGAGAGUUUUGGUUGGUAGCCACCCAUAGUCCUUGACGCAAUACAUCUCAUCUCCCCUUCGCAUCCACCUCGUUCAGAGCGGUCAGUGUCACGAUUAUACAGCCUUUAUUCCAUGACGGCAAACUUGGCGUGGGAGCGAGUGCGCGUGAAGAUCACAGAGCCCUUGAUUAAUGUGGAAGAUGCAGUCGAGCACUUUCAUCGGCCCCCGCGUCGUUUGCGUUGUCAACGUCUAGAAUGUACGUCCUUCCGGUUGCGAUAACGUUCGUCUGCGUGGCCAGUGUGGCUGUUGGUCUGCGGCUAUUUACACGCAUUUAUCUGGUUUGUGCGCCAGGAUGGGAUGAUUGGAUCUUAUUGCUUGCUAUGGCCCUUUGGAUCACUAUCCCGUUGUAUAAUCUCUCCCUCAACCUAACCAAAGUCUCGAUCCUCUUGUUAUACCUCCGCAUUUUCACCACCAAGACCUAUCGCAUCUUACUGAUAGCCGUUCUGGUUUUCGUUAUCUGCACCGGACUGUGGAUGGUGUUUAGCGCAUUACUCUUUUGCCUACCGGUUCAGUCGUUCUGGGAUCCCACUAUUGAGCAUACCUGUCUUUCGAAGCCGGUGGUAUGGUCUCUCAACGCGGCCCUUCAGAUCGUCACUGAUUUAACCAUUGUCCUGCUUCCUAUGCCGCUGUUAGCUACAUUACGGAUUCCUCCCAGGCAGAAGAUUUGCCUGAUGUUUGUGUUUGCAUUAGGUUUGUUUGUCUGCGUCACAAGUAUAGUCCGCUUAGUUACUGUGAUUAGACUCCUAGAUUCCACAGAUAUAAGCUAUGACAAUGGCCCAGCUGCAACCUGGUCUUUUGUUGAAUCUAAUGUCGCCCUAGUCUGUGCGAGUCUCCCCGUACUAAGGCCACUUCUUGUCCGAGUUUUCCCACACCUCAUGCUGUCGCGUAUCCGAAACUCGUACUGCCAACGCGAAAAAAGGUCGCAAGAACCAGUAAUGGGCUGGAGUCCUUUUCAAGGUGCCAAUACAAAUUACUCCGCUAGUGUGACGGGUAACUGCUCUGCGAGUGUCGACGGCCUGGAAUCAAGUUCCCAUCGUCAUCCCGAUACCGAGGGCAUCCAGGUAGUGAGUGAAUUGCGGUGGGAUAUGAACUCAGCCCUUAAUUCAAAUGGCAAAGAUUCGGAGGACCCAAUAGAACAGGUGAACUCUAAUACGCCUCCAAGCAUUCGAUUUAUGUAGGAGAAUAU